UUAAGCAAUGCCAAGAUCUAGGAUUUUUUUACUCACUGGAAAUUGUGGAUAUGGAGGCUUCACUGGGGACAGUGUCAAAGACGGUUAACAAGACUAAAAUAUCCACUGAUAUAUAGAGUUUGGCGAAUGUUAUUUUUCAGAACUCGUUAACAAUUAUAAUUUUUAUUAUCUAUGCUUGCUCUUUCUUUUUAAGUCGAGUAGUAUUUUGUACAAUCUAUUCCAGUCAGACAGUGUUCAUCGAUUCUCAUCUGAUUGUUAUCGUUACUCGAUUAUUGAUGUCUGUCGGCGCCCCUACGUCAUAAGCAUCUGAGGCUGGGUGACAUAACGUAGCAAACAAGGUCAAAGGACAUUUCUAUGUCUGAGACUGUGUGGAGGAAAGAUGGAAAACACAGGCUAUUGCAGCGAGAGCUUCAACAGCCUCCAGAGUGGGACCAGCGAUGAGGAUAUGGUGGAGAUCGCCGGAGCAACACUGGACUUCUCCAGCACGGAUGACGUGCCUCCUCUGGACCGGGACUUUUGCUCGGGUGGUUCAUAUGGAGGUGUAGACGGGCCCAAUGGGGUUCCUAAAUUGAUGGAUUUGCUAGAUGAACCGGUGCCUGGGGUGGGCACGUAUGAAGACUUCAACACUAUUGAUUGGGUCCGGGAGAAAUCCAAGGAUCGGGAUCGCCAUCGAGAGAUUGCUACUAAGAGUAAAGAGUCAACAUGGGCUUUGAUGAAGAGUAUCAGUGAUGCUUUCUCUGGCUGGCUUCUCAUGCUGCUCGUGGGGCUGAUGUCAGGUGCACUGGCUGGUGGGAUUGAUAUCUCUGCUCAUUGGAUGACAGAUCUAAAGGAGGGUGUGUGUCUAAAUGGCUUUUGGUUCAACCAUGAGCACUGCUGCUGGAACUCUAAUGAGACCACUUUCCAGGAUAGAGACAACUGCCCUAACUGGAAAAGCUGGGCUGAGCUCAUUGUAGGUACCAAUGACGGGCCUUUCGCUUACAUCAUGAAUUACUUGAUGUAUGUCUGCUGGGCUCUGCUUUUCUCCUUCCUGGCUGUGUCUUUGGUCAGGGCCUUUGCCCCCUAUGCAUGUGGCUCUGGAAUACCUGAGAUCAAGACCAUACUGAGUGGGUUUAUCAUCAGAGGUUAUCUCGGUAAAUGGACUCUUAUGAUCAAAACCAUCACCCUAGUGCUGGCCGUGUCAUCUGGUCUCAGUCUGGGCAAAGAAGGGCCUUUAGUCCAUGUGGCCUGUUGUUGUGCUAACAUCCUGUGUCACCUCUUCACCAAGUACCGCAAGAAUGAGGCAAAGAGACGAGAGGUAUUGUCUGCUGCAGCGGCCGUUGGCGUGUCAGUAGCUUUCGGCGCCCCUAUCGGUGGUGUUCUCUUCAGUCUGGAAGAGGUAAGUUAUUAUUUCCCCCUGAAGACGCUGUGGCGCUCUUUCUUUGCUGCGUUGGUGGCUGCUUUUACCCUUCGCUCCAUCAACCCGUUCGGUAACAGCAGGCUGGUGCUGUUCUACGUGGAGUUCCACUCUCCGUGGCACCUUCUAGAGUUGAUACCCUUCGUCCUAUUGGGUAUAUUCGGAGGAAUUUGGGGUGCCUUUUUCAUCCGUGCAAACAUCGCGUGGUGUCGGCGACGAAAGACCACACGGCUGGGCCAUUAUCCGGUCCUGGAGGUGCUAGUUGUAACUGCGAUUACAGCUGUGCUGGCGUUUCCCAACAGCUACACUCGUAUGAGCACCAGCGAGCUGAUCUCGGAGUUGUUCAACGAUUGCGGCCUGUUGGAUUCCUCGCAGCUCUGUAACUACGCCAACAUCAGCGUUACUAAGAGCAGCAGUAACGCUCUGCCCGACAGACCGGCAGGGCAUGAUGUCUACACAGCCAUGUGGCAGCUAGCACUGGCCCUGGUCUUUAAGUUGCUCAUCACUGUGGUGACAUUCGGCAUGAAGGUACCUUCAGGUCUCUUCAUCCCCAGUAUGGCCGUAGGUGCGAUUGCAGGCAGACUACUUGGUGUAGGUAUGGAGCAACUUGCUUAUUACCACCAUGACUGGAUUAUCUUCAGAGGCUGGUGCUCACCAGGAGCAGACUGCAUCACCCCAGGCCUCUACGCUAUGGUGGGCGCUGCUGCCUGCUUGGGUGGUGUGACCCGUAUGACCGUUUCCUUGGUGGUCAUCAUGUUCGAGCUCACGGGCGGUCUGGAAUACAUCGUGCCUCUAAUGGCCGCCACUAUGACUAGUAAAUGGGUGGCAGAUGCCCUGGGUCGAGAGGGUAUCUACGAGGCCCACAUCCGUCUCAAUGGAUACCCCUUCCUGGAGUCCAAGGAGGAGUUCAGCCACAAGACUCUGGCCAUGGACGUGAUGAGACCUCGACGUAGUGACCCACCUCUCUCCGUGGUGACGCAGGAUGGAAUGAGCGUGGAGGAAGUCGAGGCGCUCAUCGCUGAAACGUCGUACAGUGGUUUUCCUGUGGUGGUCUCGCAAGAGUCUCAGAGGCUUGUGGGAUUCGUGUUGCGCAGGGAUUUGAUUAUUUCUAUUGAUAACGCUCGACAGCGUCAGGAGGGUGUGGUUAGCCCUUCCAAAAUCUUCUUCACUGAAUACACACCUCCACAACCACCCAACAGCCCUCCCCCAUUGAAGCUUCGUGGCAUCAUGGAUCUGAGCCCCUUCACCGUUACCGACCACACCGCCAUGGACAUCGUGGUGGACAUAUUCCGCAAGCUGGGCCUGCGCCAAUGUCUCGUCACUCACAACGGGCGUUUACUGGGCAUUAUCACCAAAAAGGACAUUCUGAAACACAUGGCUCAGAUGGCCAACCGAGACCCUGACUCGAUUCUCUUCAACUGAACUGCCAAACUGGAUGUUUGAUAUCCCCAGUUUGAAACCAUGUGUUGGGAAGAAAACAUCAGUCUGGCCAAAUGAUUUGCACUAUAGAACUGUCAGUACUGGAUUAGUGUCCAUUCACACUGUGAAAACCAUUUUGUUGAGCCUCACUGGUGCAGGCAAUACAAAACUUACAGAAGCAACACGUUUCUAUGCACUCCAGCACAUUGGGACCGAGUCAAAUCCGAGCGCACCCGAGUACUGGUCUGUGCAAGUAACCAACCUAUCAUAACAUAUCAAGACUUACAUAAGUUACCACACAGGUAAAGAAUAAAGAUUAAGCUCAGACUAAAUCAAUUACAGUCCUAACACUUGUAGCAUUGUCCACCUCUAUAGCAUUAAUCUCUUAUUAUUCCUGCAAAAUACGGAUGUUCACCUACAUGGCCUCUGUUGGAUCAUAUUAGUCAAGCCCAAAACACAUCUUUUUACUUUGUACAACACUAUUUAGUCACAAGUAAUCAGUGACGGAUGUACAUUGCACAUUUCCUUGAAGUUCUCAUGGUUUCAGAUAUGUUACUGAUGUAAAAGUCAAACUGUUAUUUGUUUACAUGUUAAUUUUACUUUUUUCGAUUGCAUGAGCACUUACAAAUAUUCCAUCAUCUGAAAAUUCUUAAGCAAAAUGCUAGCAUUAAGGUUAUAUUUUAAGGCAGGACAUAACAUCUUGUGUGCCUGUUGUUUUUCCAUUUCUGAUGAUUUAAAAAUAUAACCAUGUUUUCAAAAUUUUGGGCUGUAUUUCACUGAGCAAUUAUUGUAUGACAAGCAUUUUUUUAUUAUAUCUUUAUGUGCAAUUUUCUAAAUUAAUAAUAUUGUUAUGAUCAGCUGCUUAAAGGGACACUCCACUUUUUUUUUGAAAAUAUGCUCAUUUUCCCGCCAAUACAUUUACGUUAAACAUUUGAUUCUUACCGUUUUGGAAUCCAUUCAGCCGAUCUCCGCAUCUGGCGCUAGCACCCUUAGCAUAGCUUAGCACAAUCCAUUGAAUCUGAUUAGACCAUUAGCAUCGCGCUAAAAAAUAACCAAAUAGUUUCUAUAUUUUUCCUAUUUAAAACUUGACUCUUCUGUAGUUACAUCGUGUACUUAGACCAAUGGAAAAUUUAAAAGUUGUGAUUUUCUAGGCAGAUAUGGCUAGGAACUAUACUCUCAUUAUGGCGUAAUAAUCAAGGACUUUGCUGAUGGUACCAUGGCUGCAGCAGGCGUAGUGAUAUUACGCACUGCCUCAAAAUAGUCCCCUGCCAUUGAAAGUAACCAAGGGGACUAUUUUCGGCUGCUGCGAGUUUUAAACAGGAAAAAUAUAGAAACUCUUUGUUUAUUUUUUUGCGCGAUGCUAAUGGUCUAAUCAGAUUCAAUGGAUUGUGCUAAGCUAUGCUAAAAGUGCUAGAGCUGAAUGGAUUCCAAAACGGUAAAAAUCAAAUGUUUAACUCUAGAGGAGCUCGAAAAUGUGUAUAUUUUCAAAAAAGUGGAGUGUCCCUUUAACAUUGCGUGCACAAUACAUUUGUUAAAACCAGUUAGUAUUAGGCAUUUCCCUAUGCAAAUUCUUUAAUGGAUUUUGAAUCAUAUAAUUACUUUUUUAACUCAGACCAUAAAUUUGACCAACCUAUGAAUUGCUUUUGCUAUCACAAGAGCGCCCUGAUAUUGUCAUAUAAUUCAUAUUUGUAUCAUUUUAUUCCAGUGCAUGUUAAUAUGUAAUCUGAGCAUGCAAAGUGUUGUGUAAUUUUCUUGUAUGCAGUACUUGCCCAGAUUGUUCCAUUGUAAUGUUUACAGCCUGCAUUUGUCUGGGUCAGCAACUUUAAAUCAUUUGCUUUUCGCUGCAUACAACACCACUAUACGUUUAUAAAAUCAUACAGAAUUAAAGCAUUAUAAAUCUUUAUUAACAGUGCAGGAAAGUUUCAAACCCAGUAGGUUAUGUAUUUCUGAUUCAUUUUUUUUUCUUUAUCGGCAUCCGCCACUUCAUGACAAAAACAUCUUAUCAGAAAAUGGCAUUAUUGUGUAUUAAUCAUUGUAAUGGUUCUCUGCAAUAAUUGUUUUGGGUUAAUGUACUCAUUGUUUUAAAUUGUGUAUACUGGUCGUUUUUUUUAACAUUGUCGUUUAUGCAUUAGUGUUAAAUAUGAAUGUCACAUUAUCCAUGUAAUUUAUUCAUAAGCGCUACAUAAAAUACAAUAUUGUAA